AGUCGGUUGACGUUUCCCUUUAAUUGGCUUUGCAAAAUUUAGGUCUCUCUUUGUUACAAUAAAUUAAAAAUCCGUAAUAACGCCUCAUAAGCGACUGGGUCUCGGAAAAAUCUCUCUGAUUAGCUGACUCCGGUAUUGACUCACUCGCUAUUGAUAGCGAUCUCUCCCGGCAGCGACGAUGAAGAACGGACUCGAAGUCUUCGAUUUCAAAGAAGAAAACGAGAUAGCUGAAUUAGCAGCUGGUAAAGUCUUAGUUGCCCAGGAAUGUGAUGUUCCUGGAAAGGAAUCCGGCAGUUUAGUUUGUGUAGAUGCUGAUGCUAUUGGCUGUGAUAAUGCUGAUACUUGUGUUCAGCCCGGAACUGUUAGAGACGACUUAAUCACUGAAGAAGGAAAUUCUGGUUCUGAUGCUGUUCCCCUACUCACUUCUUUAAGUCAUGAUCAAGGCUUUUGUUUUCGGGUCGAUGAUUUUGAGUCGAAAAGGCUUUUCAGUGAAGACGAGAGGAUAAUUUCAUGCCAUGAAGCACCUUUGCCUGGGGAAAGCCAAUUAAACCGUGGUCAUAGAGACUCUCCACCGUCCAGUAGUGAGGCUGAUGAUGGGCAAUUAGAUGUUGAUGACCACAUGGAGGAUUGUUCUCCAUCAAGCCCCACUCCUGAUAUUACAGAGGCUAGCGUUAUUUUAAAUGGCCCCACACCAACCAAUUGUUUCAGCUACGCAGAAGUGGGGGGGAUUAAUCUUCUUGUUGAUUAUGUUGUAUACCGGGGUAAACAUUGUUCUGGGUGUGUGAUGACGUUUUCUUAUGGUGGUGUUAAAAUAAAUGGUGCAACUGCACAUGGAGACGAAGGAACCUUUGGCUUUGAAGCGGGAAUUGAAGACAUUGUUAGUAUUGAGUCUCAGAAUCUUCAAAGAUUUGGAACUGUAACAAUUAAGCUCAACAUACUUUCAAAGGAUGCAGUACAAGCUGAUACCACACAUGGCAUGUCAGGUGUGGAGGAGUUGGAGGUUGCAGUUGUUGAGCCAAAUUGGUCCAGGAAAUGGGAAGAGAUUUCAUCUUUAAACUUGAAGUACUCAGCUCUACUGAGCGUUAUACAUGAUAUGGAUAGUGCAAUGGAUGGAGGAGUGGACUUACUUCAACAGAGGCGUUAUUUCCCGAGUUUUGAUGUGGAGUUUGAAGAUGUUAUCUAUCCAAAAGGGGAUUCAGAUGCAGUUUCCAUUAGCAAGAGAGAUGUUGAUCUAUUACAACCAGAGACUUUCAUCAAUGAUACAAUUAUUGACUUUUACAUUAAGUAUUUGAAGAAUCAGAUUCCUCCUGAGGAAAAGCACAGAUACCAUUUUUUCAAUAGUUUUUUCUUUAGGAAGCUUGCUGAUCUAGACAAAGAUCCAUCCAGUGUGAAAGAUGGCAGAGCUGCUUUUUUACGCGUUCAUAAAUGGACCAGAAAAGUGGAUAUAUUUGGAAAAGAUUACAUUUUCAUCCCUGUAAAUUUCAAUCUUCACUGGAGUUUAUUAGUCAUAUGCCAUCCUGGUGAAGUAGCUGGUGUGAAAGAUGAAGAUACAUCAAAAUCUGUCAUAGUACCAUGUAUUUUGCACUUGGAUUCUAUCAAAGGAACUCAUGCAGGUCUCAAAAAUCUAGUUCAAAGUUAUUUAUGGGAAGAGUGGAAAGUGAGGCAGAAGGACACAUCAGAAGACAUGUCUUCAAAAUUCUUGAAUUUGCGGUUUGUCCCUCUUGAGCUGCCACAGCAAGAAAAUUCAUUUGAUUGUGGCUUGUUCCUGCUUCACUAUCUGGAACUGUUUUUGGUAGAGGCCCCUGUGAAUUUUAGCCCAUUCAGAAUAAACGAGUUCAAUAAGUUUCUUAAUGGGGACUGGUUUCCUCCUGCUGAAGCUUCUCUCAAGCGUACUCUUAUCCAGAGGCUAAUUUCGGAGCUUCUUCAAAAUCGUUCUCGGGAAGUUUCUUCUGGUGGUUGCAGCAAUGAACCUCAGUCUGAUUUUUCAGAAAUGAAUGGGAAAGAAUCUGGAUUGGGGCUUGUUUCAGAGAGAUGCACACCUGCUGGAGCUUGUCAUGUUAAUUUAUCAAGUUCUGAUCCUGGCCAGGGCAUUGAAAUUACUCUAUUGGAAGCAUCUUCUGUGAGGAAUUCUCAUUGUGUUGAUGAUUCUGGCUUAGUUCUCAGGGAAUUUUUUGAGCCAGGAGUUGCUGCUGGAUCAUUACUUACACACUGUCCAUCCUUUGACCAGUCAUCGUCUUAUUACCACCUUAAUGAUACUAUGUCACAGAUAGAGCAGGAUGAUACAGAAACUGGCGAGCAGUUUGUGUAUUUCUCUUCUGGAGAGGCUGUUUUUCAGCAAAUUGCAGGAAUACCUCCUCAGGAUGGUUCUAUAUCAUGUUCUUUUAGAGGCUUUGGGGCUGAUGAUUCCUGGAAUCCAGGGAUUUCUUUGCAAGCAGAUGACAAUGGUUCAUCUUCAGAAACAUCAGACUGUGCCUCUGAUGAUUCAGAUGUAGGAAUCAUUGAAAAUUGUCCAGUUAAGGAAGAUGUAGGUCUAUGUCAGAAAGAGAAAUCUGAUCAACAAACAUCUUCUUUGAUGGAAAACAUAGAGUGUUUGACAACAAGCCUUGCUGCUGCCUCUAGUGAGAUGCUUGAGAAUCCUGCCUUUGGAGAUAUACAAAACCUUGAAGGUAGUGAGGACACUCACAGGAUUGACGAUGGCAAUGAGAAUGUCAGUCUCGCCUCUUGUCAGGGAAAUUUCUCAGCACCGCUGCAAGAGGACAACAACUUGGUAGAGAAUGUGGCAGAGGUCACUCAGGAUGAUAUGCAAACAAUUGAAGGUAUACAUAACCUUGAAGGUAUUGAUGACACUGACAGGAUUGGUCAUGGCAAUGAGAACAACAACUUGGUAGAGAAUGUGGCAGAGGUCACUCAGGAUGAUAUGCAAACAAUUGAAGGUAUACAUAACCUUGAAGGUAUUGAUGACACUGACAGGAUUGGUCAUGGCAAUGAGAACAACAACUUGGUAGAGAAUGUGGCAGAGGUCACUCAGGAUGAUAUGCAAACAAUUGAAGGUAUACAUAACCUUGAAGGUAUUGAUGACACUGACAGGAUUGGUCAUGGCAAUGAGAACGGUAACCUUGCCUCGUGUCAGGAAAAUUUAUCUGCAUCAUUGCAAGAAGACCAUGCUUUGUUAGGGAAUGGAUUACAUCAAGAUUUGCAAAAGACGGAGGCCACAGAGAAUGAUAUGCAAAUGUUUGGUGAUCAUGUGAUAUUAGUAGAAUCAGAUGAACAGCAAGCUGCAAAGAGGCCCAGGCUUUUCCCUCCGCAUGAAGUUGAUGGAGAAAUCACCAGAAGCCUGUCAAAGGAUCUGAAUUUGUAAUUUAGACUGGAGAUGGGAAUUUCCCACUUAUUUUGUUUACAUAUAAUUGUUUCCCGGGAUCUCACUAGAUGUUGAUGAAUCAAUCUGUGAAUAGCGUGUCACGUCUCUGUAUUGACAAUAACUGGUGGACGGCUGUAGGAAAAUUGUUUAGGUGCAGUUGCUGUCAUGGUGAUUAGUGAUUGGUUGAAGUUCUAUAUUGAGGCCUGCCAAGCAAAUAUAUAAUCGAGCAUAUCUAUAUUUGCCGGCA